ACAAUUUUACAUGAGUUAUUAAACAUUCCUCUUCUCUCCCUCUGCUCUGCCUCAGAAACAACCAUCUCUACGGUGUCACUAUGCUAAUCUUCAUCCCUCUUGCCUCUCUUCUUCUUCUUCUUCUUCUUCUUCUCAUUCACAAAGGAAAGCAACAUCACAAACUCCCUCCCGGCCCGAAGAAGCUCCCACUAAUUGGCAACCUCCAUCAGCUCGGUUCGACCCCUCACCGUUCGCUUUGGCUACUCUCCCAAAAGCAUGGACCUUUGAUGCAUCUACAGCUCGGUCCCAGGCCGACACUAGUAGUUUCAUCUGCCGAAAUGGCCAGAGAAGUGUUAAAGACUCACGACCUUGAUUUCUGCUCUCGACCCCAUCUCAUUGCUCCCAACAAAUACUCGUACAAUAGCUCUGAUAUCAGUUUUGCACCCUACGGCGAGUACUGGAGAGAGAUGAGGAAAGUGUGCACACUCAAACUUUUCAGUGCCAAGAGGGUGGAAUCCUUUCGCGGGAUAAGAGAGGAAGAGGUAUCUCUGACGCUUCAAUCGAUUUCGUCUUCUUCGUCGAAGCCUAUAAAUUUGCAGAAGGCUAUGGUUAGCCUUGCGAAUAAUAUCAUCUGCAGGAUUGCUUUUGGUAAGAAGUACCAAGAUGGAGAGCAUGAGAGGAGUCAGGCUCAUCAAAUUCUUAAGCAAGCCCAACAAUUGUUGGGAGGGAUCUUUGUUGCUGAUUUCUUUCCGGCGCUGGGCUUGGUCGAUAAGUUGAGUGGAAAUUUUUAUAGGCUUGAGAAGAACGUAGGAGAGCUUGAUGCAUUUUAUGAGGAAGUUAUAAGGGAUCACCUUGAUCCUGAAAGGAUUAGACCUGAACGCGAAGACAUAGUCGACGUUUUGCUUCGUGUACAACAGGAUGAAGGUCGUCUCACCAAGGAAAACAUCAAGGCAGUUCUUACGGAUAUCUUCAUUGCUGGAAGUGAUACAUCCGCCGCAACCAUAAUUUGGGCCAUGGCCGAGCUUGUAAGGACUCCAAGGGCAAUGAAGAAAACACAAGAUGAAGUUAGGGCCCUGCUAGGAUCGAAAGAAAAGGUCGAAGAAGGAGAUCUUCAUCAGCUUCAAUACCUGAAAGCAGUGGUGAAGGAGACUCUCAGGCUGCAUACUCCUGCUCCAUUACUUCUCCCAAGAGAGACAAUUCGACACUGUAAGAUCGAAGAGUAUGAUAUCUUGCCAAAUACUCUCGUAUAUAUUAAUGCUUGGGGAAUUGGAAGAGAUCCUAAUACAUGGCAGGGUGCAGAAGAGUUCAUGCCUGAAAGAUUUAUGAAUAGCUCGAUCGACUUCAAAGGCCAUGAUUUUCAAUUUAUUCCUUUUGGUUCGGGACGAAGAAUUUGCCCCGCGAUGAACGUAGGAGUGGCGGUUGUCGAGCUUGCACUUGCUAAUAUGUUGUACUUAUUCGACUGGGAAUUGCCUGAAGGGAUGAAGAGAGAGGAUGUUGAUAUGGAGGAUGCACAAGGACUUACAGUGCACAAGAGAUCCCCUCUUUACCUAGUGCCUAUAACUUGUGGUUUAAAAUAGGAUUAUGUGAAAUAUGCAUUUAAUGUAAUGUAUGAAGUAGGGUUGGUAAUGCUCUUAUUUACCCUCUAAGCAUAUGUAUGCUAUGAAUAAUAUAAACUUGCCAGAGUGUCUUGUGA